UAUUAAAAAAAUCUACAGAACUUUCUCGCCCAUUAAAGAUAGUGCAUGUUGAGACCGCAGGGUUGAUUGAGGGCGUAAGAUAGUUCAGGAUGCGACCGCAGUGUUAAGAGCUGCAUUGUUUAAUGUUAUAUUCAUUAGUGAUACAGGAAAUACAGAUGAACUGGAUGAUCCUGUUGUUUUAAGUAUAUCCGGUUGUGUUAGCGAUGUAAUCAGUUGUGGUUGAUACCAUGAUGAUCUCAACUUGCUGACUUUCCCUUACAGACAAAACAUCAAGCAGAAGAGUUUGAGAGUGAACGCUAAACUCACCCCAGCAUGGUAUUUGCCUCUAUUCACUUCCUGUAGCCUUAACUCACUCUCACGGACCUAGCUGUAGGCUGAUGUUACCUCAGCGUACCAUAGAUAUUCUAUCUCAGAUUAUAGACGUUUUUGACAUUAUUUAGACUUUUGUAAUUACAACAUCCUAGCUGGACUAACUCAAUUUGCAUCUCAGAGACCAUUAUGUACACUUUAAAGGUUUAAACAAUAUUUAUAUACAUACAAUACCCUAGUUGGACUAACUCAAUUUUUAUUCAUUCAAAGCUAACAAGCUUGAAUCUUAGUUCUGAAAUUUAAACUACUGAAAAUGUUUUGACAGUUGAAGCAAAGGGAAGUGUUAAGAAUUCACUUCAGUGAUCACACUAACUACUACAUUAUUGCAUUGAAAGUUUAUGUUAUUGAAAUUACAAUUAUGACCUAUUCAUAAACAUAAUUACAUCCAAAACAGACCUUGUGAAUUGCCAAGUUAUAAACUUAUACAAUAAUCUAAAACAGUGGUUAUUAUCAUUCCUCUAUUUUGCUGCUAGAUAUAUAGUCUCUUAUAUCUCUUCUCUGUGCAUGGGAAAUACAAGGAUUUUAUAUUCAUUUUAAUCUUCUGAAAGCAUCUUGUUCAACCUACAAUCAUGUCAAAUUUAAUGAAUUUCGAUGAUGAAGGAGAUUCACUGUUUAAACCUGAAGAACACCGUCCAGCUAAGUCAUUUGAGGACAUCUUCGGAAAGUCUGAAGCUGGUGUUAGCUCUCUUGAUGAUGUUCUAACACCUAAAGUUGAUGAUGAUAUCUUUAAACCUUUGGAGGCUGAGAGUUCUAGUAAGUCUUCAAAAAAGGAGGAAACUAGCCAACAGUUCAUUGACAGUUUGUUUGGGAAUGAUGCUGAUGAUGAACCAGAUUUUUUGUUUACAAAUGAGCCUGCUGAACCGAUCACUGAUGCAAGGAAUGAAUCCAGUACUGAUGAUAUAUUUGAUUCUUGGUUUAAUACACCAGCUACUGUUGAGGACAAAGGGAAACACAAAACUCCAUUGAAUGAUUUAGAUGAUCUGCUUAGACUUCAACCAGAUACAAGAACAGAAUCAAACUCUGAGGAUGACCUGCUGGGAUUCGGAACUAAUGUGGCCGUUGCUAACAAUGAUACUACAACUAAGCAAAACAACUUUGACCCUCGAAAAAGAGAGGAAGGGUCACAUGACCUUUUGUCUGCUGAUGAAUCCCCUGACAGCCUGGACCUGCUGCUGGAAGCCCAGCCUCUGGGAACCGUGCCUUCCUGUGAUGACCUCCUAUCAAUCAUUGAGCCAGACACUAACACAGCAGCUAACUCUAACAUUCCCAUUAUGCAUGUAGAAAAAGUUAAAAAGGAGAAGGUGCCGGAUCCGGAGAAAGAGGUUUACAAGUUCUUUGAUGACUCAGAUGAGGAGGAAGACCACCAGGUUGACUCUGGCCUAGCGCAAGAACAGACUAGAUCUGACAGCCCUGUAAACACUGAAUCAGAACCUGAAGAGGACCAAGACACUCCAGUUUUGGAGAAAGAGAUUUCUGACACUGCUGUUGAGCAAGAAGCAGAUACAGCUGAAGACAGUGGACUUGUACCAGAAGAAGUGAAAAAGGAGCUUGAAGAGGAAAACCUGGGUGAGAGAGAAGAGGAACCAAGUGAAGCGGAUCAACAGGAAGAGGUUGUAAGAGGCAAAGGGAAGGAAGAACCAACACCAGCAAGAAGAACUAAUCUAAAAAAGAGCAGCAUGGAACGGAGUUUCGAAGAUCUGCUGACGGGACUCAGUGAUGAGUCGGAACCAGAACUUGAUGACAUGCUUGUCGGAGAUAUGAUGGAAAGUUCCAACCUCGAGUCCAUAUUGGCAAGUCCCAAAUCCAGUGUGACAGAUGGCUUCAGUUCACCUUUAAAACCCUCCAGCUUGGACAUUAGCAUGGAUGUGGUCAGUAGCACUCCAAAUGCAGGGGUCAAGGCCAAGGUCACACACACCCCUGUCAAGGUCACACCUCCAGAGGUCAGAAUUGAUACACCAGAGGAAGAGGAGGAAGAUAUUGAGUUUGUAGAUGGUGUUGAGAAUGGGGAUGAGGGUGAUGUUGUGAUGAGGCAUGGGUCACAGGGCAGGAAACCACUCACUGAUGAGGAGGACUUUGACCUCCCUGAUGUCCAGGACACCAACCACCUGGACAUUGAUGUUAGUAAGCACAAGUCUGCCCUGGGCAAGCAGGGCUCCAUGGGGUUGCGGAGGAAAAUGUCGCGCAAGUCUCGUAAGUCCCUGCUGUCCAGCGGGGAGGAUGCCAUCUUCCAGGACUCAACAGAGCCCAAGCCCGAACCCCUGCAAAACGGGGACGCUGACACCCUUGAUGGGGAGGCAAGGAGCCCGGACAUGUCACCCCCAUCCAAGAAACCCAGUCCUGCUAUGAUGGUGCCUCUCCCGGGCAUGUCUGGCAGUAGGCCCCCCUCACAGAGGCUGUCCUCAUCAGCAGCUGAGGGUGAAGAUAAGGAGCCCAAGGCAGUAAAGCGGUUGUCACGGCCUCCACCGGGCGCCUUUGUUCUCCCGAAACCACAGAUACCACUCAAGUCACCAACCAAACCCUCUACCAGGCCACCAGCAGAAGAUGUCACCACACCAUAUGAGAAACCAGCUCUAAGGUCUGUAAAGCCCCUGGAGAGAGGUGGAGAGAGGUCUUCCUCACCUGAACCCAUGGAGACAGGAACAUUUGCAAGUCCAGCAUUGAGGAGCACUGGCUUGCUGGAGAGGGAGAAGAGGGAAAGGUCGGAGAGCAGUGAGCGUGAUAUCACCUACUCAGCCCCACCCCUCAGGAGUCGGCCGAAACUGGAGAAGGAUGAGGACAAGGAAAUCAGUACUGGUAUAUUUGCUAAACCAGCUUUAAGGAGUACUCCCAAGCCUAAGCCAGGCGCUAAGCCACAGCAUAGAGAGACUCCUGAGUUCAGCAAGCCACUGAGAAGUGCAGCAAAGCCCGACACUCACCCAAAACCCGAAACAAAAAAGCACACAUUUGAAACGCCAGCAUUGAAGAGCACAGGACGUAAAAUUACUCCCCCUAUGAAUGAAAUCAAUAGUGAUGAUUUGAACAAUAGCGCCAAUAGUGGUGAUCAUGUUUUUGAAAAACCUGCUCUACGGCAGAUUGAUAAGCCAACAAGAAGUGACUCUAUAGGGGAAAGCAUGUCCCCACCCCCAAGCCAUACAUUUGAAAAACCUGUGUUAAAGCCUUCAAGCACCCCUACCGUGUCAAACACAAGGAAUGAGCAGUUUACCCCGGGAACAUUUGCAAAGCCCAGCUUAAAGAAAACCAGCACAUCGCCUGAGAAAGAAGUGAAAAGCUCAAGUGAGGCUAAAGGGAUAUUUGACCGCCCUGCCCUACGGAAGGCUGGUUCUGUGAACAAAGAAGAGAGAGAGAAAACCCCUGAUAAGCCAAGCUGGCUGCAGCAGGCUGCUGACAAACAGACUAAAGCCCUGGACGUCAUCCAGUCUAAAGAAAAUCAUCCUUCAACAGAGAAACAAGUCCCAUCAUGGCUGGAAAGUUCACAACUUAAGAAAACCAGAGGGACACCCCUUCAGGACUCUAGUAACAACCAGUCUAGUGAGAUCACAGAGGAGGAUUCUGGGAAACCCCCAUCUUCUGCCAGACGCAGAAACCAGUCUAGCAGCUCAGAGAAUGAGCCAGAGAAAUCCAGAUCAGGUUCUGUAACAAAGACUGGCCAAGACAACUACUCACCCAGCUGGAUGAGACAGGGGAGAUCACCCUCAGUGCCAAGUACAGGAGUUAUGUCCCCUCCAACAAACCUGCCGUCUGCUAACAGUGAGGUCCCCUCGUGGAAAAGGGAGUUGGCUCAGAGACGUGCCAGUAGGAAGGACAAACUUCCGGAGGAAUCGCCUAUGAAGACUGAAGUAAAGGCCGAACCAGAAUGGAAGAAGGGCAUUGUUCUGCGCAAGACUCGCCAGGCUGGGGCACCAACUAAAGAGCCCCAGACUGUUGAACCGGAGUGGAAAAAAGCUGCAGAGGAGAAAAAGGCUCGUCUGCGAAGUAAGUCCUUGCAGUACACCCACCUGUCCUUCAAGUAACACAUUGUCCCCACCUUUGUAGUGUUUUCACCACUUACAGGGUAAACUAAUGUUUAUCCAUUAUAUGCCCCUUCUGCAAUUCUUUUUUUACCCUUAUAAGGGUUACAUUUGACUGUAGGAUUUUAUAUUGAUACAGGGUUCAUUCUGUAGCCAUCCUUAUUUCUAUUACAAACACCUAGUUAUUGUCAAGUAGCAUCAGAACAUCAGGAAUAAUGUUGAGGUCGUUAUUGCAUUUCUUCGAAAUUCAUUUAGUUUAAAAUGUUUUUGGUCAAGAUGGAACAUGAUGUACUAUUUUCAGUAGAAUUUAUUAAUAUGUUGCCUCUCGUUGUAUCAUGAGCUUUUGCGUUUGCUCCAUGGCACUCUUGUUACAAUUACAUUACUUCAUCAAACUUGUAAAGUUUGAAAGUCAGGAACUACGUAAGUCAGUUUUUAAUUUUAUUAGCACCAGUCAGCUUUGUAAAACAAAAUGCUGUUAUUGGCAGUAAAGAUUUUGUAUCAAUUUAAGCUAACCACUUGAAAAUCACAGACAAAAAAGGAAACAGUUGUGAAGCAAUUAAAUGACAGAUAAUAAACUCGUGUGUAAAAUCUAUCUACAUUAAGAAAAAGGUGAUGUUAUACAUUACAUCCUACCCUAAAUCAUUUCACAAUAUAUUGUAAUAACACUUCUUCUGUUGCAGCUGGUUAUGUUUAAAUGUAAGAAUAAUUGUUGUUUUAGUUGCCACUUUAUAUUAACCAUAAUCAGCAUAGAUAGCUUGUUUUAUUUUGUUAACUCUAACUUGUGCUGUUUUUAUAGUGCAUGAAUACUUGUUUGUUAAGUAAGUUCACUUGUUCUUGAUUGCAUAUGGAGAUUUUUAUAUGCUUUUUUAUUUAGAGAGUAAAACAGAACAGAACAUUUACUUUUAACUUGAACUUAACUUGAACAUAUACAGUUUAUCGUUGUUACAAUCACUUCAAAAUGUUCAUGUUGAUAAACAUUUAAAGUACCGUCAUACAUAAAGACUUUCCGACUGAUAUUGUGUAUAAUUAAAACAAUAUCUAAGUGUUAUUAUUAUGCCCCCUUUUGAAAAAAGUGGGGUAUAUUGUUUUGCACAUGUCGGUCGGUCGGUCGGUCGGUCGGUCUGUCUGUCUGUCGGUCGGUCGGUCGGUCGGUAGGAAUACCAAAUGGUUUCCGAUCAAUAACUUGAGAACGCUUUGACCGAGGGACCUCAUACUUGGUAUGUGUAUUGGUCAUCACCAGCAGAUGAACCCUAUUGAUUUUGAGGUCAGUGGGUCAAAGGUCAAGGUCAGUGUGACCUUUACAUGAAAAACGGUUUCCGAUCAAUAACUUGAGAACGCUUUGACCCAGGAACCUCAUACUUGGUAGGUGUAUUGGUCAUGACCAGCAGAUGAACCCUAUUGAUUUUGAGGUCAGUGGGUCAAAGGUCAAGGUCAGUGUGACCUUAACAUGAAAAACGGUUUCCGAUCAAUAACUUGAGAACGCUUUGACCCAGGGACCUCAUACUAGGUAGGCUUAUUGGUCAUGACCAGCAGAUGAACCCUAUUGAUUUUGAGGUCAGUGGGUCAAAGGUCAAGGUCAGUGUGACCUUUACAUGAAAAACGGUUUCCGAUCAAUAACUUGAGAACGCUUUGACCCAGGAACCUCAUACUUGGUAGGUGUAUUGGUCAUGACCAGCAGAUGAACCCUAUUGAUUUUGAGGUCAAAGGUCAAGGUCAGUGUGACCUUAACAUGAAAAACGGUUUCCGAUCAAUAACUUGAGAACGCUUUGACCCAGGGACCUCAUACUAGGUAGGCUUAUUGGUCAUGACCAGCAGAUGAACCCUAUUGAUUUUGAGGUCAGUGGGUCAAAGGUCAAGGUCAGUGUGACCUUUACAUGAAAAACGGUUUCCGAUCAAUAACUUGAGAACGCUUUGACCCAGGGACCUCAUACUUGGUAGGUGUAUUGGUCAUGACCAGCAGAUGAACCCUAUUGAUUUUGAGGUCAGUGGGUCAAAGGUCAAGGUCAGUGUGACCUUUACAUGAAAAACAGUUUCCGAUCAAUAACUUGAGAACGCUUUGACCCAGGGACCUCAUACUAGGUAGGCUUAUUGGUCAUGACCAGCAGAUGAACCCUAUUGAUUUUGAGGUCAGUGGGUCAAAGGUCAAGGUCAGUGUGACUGUAAGCUGAAAAAAGGUUUUCUGAUUGUCCAUAUUUUUUUAAUGCAUGCACAGAUGAUUGGGAUUGAUGUAUAAAUGUUUGUAUAGAAAUGAUUUUCUUUUAUGUUACUAUUUUAGUUGGGCAUUUAUUUGCCUUCUUAAGUUAUCAUAAGUAGAUGACCUGCCUCAUAUGCAUCCAAUGACAAAUCAGCUGUCAUUUCAGUCCAUGCAUAUUUCAUUCAAUUGUCCAAAUAUUUCUGGCAACUUGGCGCUCAGGGGGCAUAAUGUUUGACAAACAUCUCUUGUUUACAAUUACAAGUGAACAUACAAGUAUAACUAUUUAUAUAAAUCAAGCUCCUUUUUCAGUUGUUUCAUUUAAGUCCAUAUUUUGCUUAUAAUAAAUUUUCGUAUUUAUAUAUAUCAUGAUUUUGAAUUCUCAGUAUGUUCAAGUGAAUCUCGCAUUUAAUGCUAUUUUUAAAAAUUUAAAUAUGUUCAUUCAAUAAUGUUUAUAAGUAUAUAGUUAUGUCCAUAUAAAGUCCAUAUUGUAUGUUUAAUUUGGUCAAUAUGAAAGGUAUACCAUCACGGCACUUUUUGUUAUGUCUGUAUACGUAAAACUUACUUGAUUGCUGUAUAGUUUAUGAGAGAGGUAAACCUUGAACAGAGUCUUGAUUUUAUGGUGUAUUAUUUUUGCGCCUUUUCAAAUAUGUAAUUGACCUAUAUAUCUAUAUAUAUAUUUGCAGAUUCUGAAGCCUAGUUCUAGUGUAAGACCAUGUUAUCUCCCUGUGUAGUGUGUAGCCAAUAGAAUAGCACCAUGUAUGAUCAGCACCAUAUUAUAUCAUUACCCCACUUUCUCAUUGGCUUAUUUCAAAAGAGGUGUCAGCCAAUCAUUAUCUCUGUUCAGAAAGUGUUUUUGGAUGAUUGCUUUGCUUUUGCCUUGGUAUUGGAGGCCAUACAAGAUACAGAUGGACAUUUGCAUGACUUUCAUGAUUUUUUUCUCUUGAAAAUUUAAAAUUAUGUUGUAUGAAAAAAAAAUUACUCCACCAAAUAUACCCUAACCUAGUGUACCAAUGGAAUGUUUGUGAAUGUAAAAGCAUGACCUAUCAUAAUUUAUACCGGUACAUUAAUGAACAAACAUGAAUGUUGAUAUACCAGUAGGUCAUUACAAGUUUUUGUGUGACAGGUGCUAGUCUGUAGUCUGUGUUCGUUCAUGUGAUAGAGGAUUUAGUUUUGCACAUUCUGUUGAAUACAUUUAGUUUAUCUUUUUAAUUUCUUAUAUUCAGACAUCAACAAGUUAUGUUGCAUUACAGAUCCAAGUGUCUUUUUUUGUUUAUAUUUUUUUAUAUUACAUUCCAUGGACUGAAAAACAUUCGCAUGUAUGUUUUAAAAUUAAGUUUUUUGCUGAUUUAUUUUAAAGAAUGAAUUGUUAUGUAUCAAAACCUCAUUAUAUUUGCAAUAUACAGUUGAAAAAAAAUGUCUUGCAGUAUUCAUUGAAAACGAGAAAUGUCAGUGAUAAUUAGUAUUCUAAUGCUACUCGCUAUUUUUUUCUGAGAGAGAAAAUGCUUUGACCACAAAUGCAAAUGCUUCGCUAGUUAUUCAUAAUUAUUGUGUGAGUAUUUAUUUGUAUGUGCUCAUGUUUGUUAAACAGAUGUUUAUUUUUGAAAUUGCUAUUUUUAAGAGUUGUAAGCUCAAUCAGAUUCUAGUGUGUUAUUCCAAAUAUGUUAUGUAAAAAUCCAACACAAACAUGAUAUAUGUAUUUGUUUUUGUUUUUUAUUCUUUUUUGCCUGAUAUUCAUGUAUGUUAUAAUCAUGGAAAAUAAAUUCAAACUUUGAGAAUUAUUCCCUAACAACAUUCCAUAUAUAUUGCGUUGCUUUUUGCAAUACCAAGAAUUAGUUCAAUGGUAACUAUAUACAGUGGAUUUCAAUUUUGACUAGCCAUCUCAAAUGCAUUUAUGUUGUAAAGGCAUGACUACUGAUGCAUUCUUAUUACAGACAAUUGUGGGGCAUGAUUAAUGUUAUUGUUAUAUGUGUGUAUUCCUAUAUUGUGUUUGCAGUGUACAUUCCAUAGAAGAUUUAUGACUUUAUUAUACAUAUAUGUGAAAAUGUUGAUUGUAGAAUAUCAAUAUUAUAUAUUGUUCAAACAUUGUUAAUUUAUUAUUGAAAUGAAUAAAUAUUUUAUUAUGAUA